AUGGCGUCGACCCCAGACGUUUUGUCGGCCGCCAGCCACAAGCUCGCCGUCCCAGGCGACACCCGCAAACAGCUCCUUGAGGACUCGCCGGGAUAUACCACCCCGGUCUUCAAGGGCAAGAACGAACAGCGAGCGUUGGUCGAGGCCGAUAUCAUUGCAAAGGGCUUCAUCCCCCGAGACCUCGUCGCCAACGAAGUCAACUGGUUCUACAAUGGCUUGGGCAUCGACGAUACCUACUUCCAAACCGAAUCGCGCGAGGUCAUUGCUGAUCAUAUCAUGGCACUCUUCGGUGCGAAGAUCAUGGCCUUUACCAAGCACGAUCCCGCUUCUCUCGUUAUCGACCUGGAAAGGAUUGAUGAUAAAGGAAACGGCGCUACUUUUAUUCAUUCCAGCGCACCUGGAUUGACCACCACCGAGGGACCAGGCGCUACCUGCGAAGCUAGAAUCGACGAGCUCUUCCUCGACAAAUCCACUCCUGAUAACGCCUAUCGACUGGAAACCUUCCGCUCAGCUGGCUCGAUCUCCUCCGCCUCUUCCCAGAACUUGCGAUGCUACUUCGUUACCAAGGCUCAAUUCGUCUCGAAACCCGAAGCAGGCCAGACUGAUGGCAAGACCGACAUUCGAUCGGUCUCUGACAAGACUUUCCUCGAGCGUGCUACUGAGAAGACCCUCGACAUUUACCAGCAGAUCAUCUGGAAUGUCGAGUCGCGACAUGGACCCGUCAUCGAGGUCUUUGAGAUUGAGGGCACUCGCGAGCGCCGUGUCGUCAUCGGCUACAAGAUGGGAGCCACCUCCAAGUUCUUCAGCGCUUUGUCGAACUUGUAUCACUUCUAUUCCCUCUACUCUACCCGGAAAUAUGUCGAGCAAUUCUCGAACGGAAUUACCAUCGUCUCGCUCUACCUGAGACCACUCCCCGACACCAACGCCCCUCCCAUCGAGAACUCGAUCUUGCAAAUCCGGAAGGAGGCUUCUCUCCUCUUCUCACUCCCCGACAACCCCUUCUUCUUGCCUAAUUCCAAGGGCAGCCAUGCUGUCCAGGAAGCCACCUACGCAUACUGCGGCUGGAUCUUUGCUCAACACUUCUGCAACCGUCUCGGUCCUGCUUAUCUCCAACUCAAGAACAUCCUCAACGAGAACGAUCCUACCCAUGCUGAGGUUCUCAAUGACAUCAAGCGACGAUUCCGUGAAGAGACCUUUACCCGAGAGAGCAUUGCCCAGGCCAUCCAUGCCUACCCAGAGCUCAUUCGUCUGCUCUAUGUCAACUUUGCCAUGGCCCACUAUCCUCCUUCGCAUGAUGCUUCUCAGCUUGGCCCCACCCUCUCCUACCAGCGUCUCCAGACCGUUCAGCCCUUGUCGGACGAAGAACUCUACGAGAAGCUUCGCCGCACUGUCUCCAACAAGAACGAUCUCCAAGUUCUCGAGGCCUUCUUGAUCUUUAACAAGAGCAUCCUCAAGACCAACUUCUACCAACCCACCAAGGUCGCCUUGUCAUUCCGCCUUGCGCCCGACUUCUUGCCCGAGGUCGAGUACCCCAGGAAGCCCUACGGCAUCUUCAUCGUCAUUGGUAACGACUUCCGGGGCUUCCACAUCCGAUUCCGCGAUGUUGCCCGUGGUGGUAUCCGUAUCAUCCGCUCGAGGAACAGGGAAAACUACUCUAUUAAUCAGAGGCAGUUGUUCGAUGAGAACUAUGGCUUGGCCUCGACUCAAGCUCUGAAGAACAAGGAUAUUCCUGAGGGUGGUGCCAAGGGAACUAUCUUGCCAUCGCUUGGUGCUGACCCUCGACGAUGCUUCGAGAAAUACGUCGAUUCUAUCAUCGACCUUCUCAUCCCUGGUCAAACCCCUGGCAUCAAAGAGCCUCUCGUUGAUCUCUAUGGCAAGCCUGAACUCUUGUUCUUCGGCCCUGAUGUCUCGAGAUUUCUUCGUUGUCCCGUCUGCAUAGUAACCUUUCCUUUAGUCCACUCCCGUGCUCGUGGCGCCGAGACCUGGUGGAAGUCGUUCACCACUGGAAAGACUGCCGCAACUCUCGGUGGUAUUCCCCACGAUACCUACGGAAUGACUUCUCGUUCCAUCCGACAAUACAUCAUCGGCAUCUACCGUCAACUUGGUCUCCGCGAGAAGGAUGUUACCAAGGUUCAGACUGGUGGUCCUGAUGGUGACCUUGGCUCGAACGAGAUCCUCCUCUCCAACGACAAGACUAUCGCUGUCAUCGACGGUAGCGGUGUCCUUCAUGACCCCCACGGCAUCAACAGGGAAGAGUUGAUCAGGUUGGCCAAGCUCCGUAUCCCUGUUGGCUUCUUCGAUACCUCCAAGUUGAGCAAGGACGGUUAUCUCGUCAAGGUCGAGGACCAGGACGUCAAGUUGCCCUCUGGCCAAGUCAUCCCCGAUGGUACCGACUUCCGAAACACUGCCCACCUUCGCUUCAAGGCCGAUAUCUUCGUUCCUUGCGGUGGUCGCCCCGAGGCUGUCAACAUCUCCAACGUCAACGCUCUCAUCGACAGCGAGGGCAAGCCUCACUUCAAGUAUGUCGUCGAAGGUGCCAACUUGUUCUUCAGCCAACAGGCUCGUCUCUUCCUCGAGAAGCGCAAGGUUAUCCUCUACAAAGAUUCCAGCGCCAACAAGGGUGGUGUUACCAGCUCUUCCUUGGAAGUGCUCGCUGGUCUUGCCCUUUCCACUGAGGAAUUCGUCGAUCUGAUGGUCUUCAAGGAUGGCAAGCCCACCGAGUUCUACCAGAACUACGUGAAGGACGUCCAGGAGAAGAUUGCCGAGAACGCUGCCAACGAGUUCCAGUGCAUCUGGCGCGAGCACGCCCGUCUCGGUGGCACCAAGCCUCGCACCACCAUCUCUGACGAACUCUCGCAAACCCUCAACAACCUCCAAGCCGAGCUCGAGAGCUCUGACUUGUUCGAUGAUCUGCCAAGCAGGAAGGGUGUCCUCCGACGUGCGAUUCCCAAGACCUUGGUUGAUAAGAUUGGAUUGGAGACCUUGAUGGAGAGGCUUCCCGAGACGUAUCAGCGAGCUCUGUUCUCCAGCUGGGUUGGAUCACACUUUAUCUACAAGCAUGGUGUCAAUGCUUCCAGCGUCGACUUCUUCCUCUUUGCUCGCGGUCUCGCCCAGUCUGACUAGAUGUCCUCAUCAACACGCUGGAUCCUCCAAAAGUUUAGUUAAAAGAUUGCUUCUUGAUUUUAUUGUCUCAUUUCCUAUUCCUUUGCAUUUUGAAUACCACUUCUUUUUGAUUUCGCCCCUCUCUCUCUCUCCCACUUGUCGACGACAGCAACCCUCUUCAUCUCGACUCUGAUUCAGACGUUAAUUGUGUACACUAGCGCAGCGACUUGGCUUCCGUGAAGGAUUUUUCAUUUUUGCAUAGGGUACAUAAUGUUCCGCUUUUUUUCUUUCUUCGUAGAUGUAGACCUCUUUUCUUUCGUGAGUAAUUUGCGCUGCUUGUUUACAUCCUGGAAUUUGAUCUAACCCCUGCUCGUCCUGUCGACUUGA